UUGCCCGAACAGAGGAUACUCACUGUCCCAUUCGCAACGCCCCCUCGCGGCGCUCGAUUGAGAUGUGGAGAUGCACCCGCCGCGGCCACCUCAACGGCGGUCGCGCCGCCGUCGCCCCCUCCGCCCGUCGCCGUCCACUCGCUGCCCGACGCCGAGCUCGGCAGCGCCCCCGCCCUCGAUCUCAACUCCUACACGGUGACGCCGCCCAUCAAGCCCUGGCCCAAGCGCCUCUUCCCGAGGCGCCUGGCCUCCAUGGUGAGCCGCCAGCAGAACCUCGACCUCGCCCUCCAAAUCUUCGACUACGCUGGCAAAUACCACCGGGGCUUCUCCCACAACUACGACACCUAUCUCUCCAUCAUCCAACGCCUCUCCCGCGCCCGCGCCUUCGAGCCCAUGGAAUCCCUCCUCUCGCAGCUCCGGGGCUCCCGCAUCCCCUGCGGCGAGAACGUCUUCAUCUUCGUCAUCCGCAAUUACGGCCUCGCGGGCAAGCCCAGGUUGGCCCUCCGGACGUUCUUGGGCAUUGACGGCUUUGGCGUCCAGCGUUCCGUCCGAUCUUUGAACACUCUGCUCAACGCUCUGGUCCAAAACAAGCGCUUCGAUUUGGUCCACACGAUUUUCAAGAACUCCAAGACCAAAUUCGGGGUUGUCCCCAACGUGUUCACCUGCAACAUUCUGAUCAAAGCGCUCUGCAGGAAGAACGAUGUGGAGGGCGCGCUCAAGGUGUUAGACGAAAUGCCCUCCAUGGGCAUGAUUCCUAAUGUGGUCACUUACACCACCGUUCUGGGUGGGUAUGUGUCUCGCGGGGAUAUGGAAGGUGGUAAGAGGGUGUUUUCCGAGAUUCUGGACCGCGGGUGGCUGCCGGAUGCCACUACCUACACCAUUUUGAUGGAUGGGUAUUGUAAGUUGGGGAGGUUGGUCGAUGCCAUUAAGGUCAUGGAUGAUAUGGAGGAAAUGGGAGUUGAGCCCAAUGAUGUGACUUAUGGGGUUAUGAUUGAAGCCUACUGCAAGGAGAAGAAGUCCGGUGAAGCUCGCAACUUGCUCGACGAUAUGCUCGAGAAGAAGUAUGUACCAAGCUCGGUGCUUUGCUGUAGAGUAAUUGAUGUUUUGUGUGAGCAAGGGAAGGUCGACGAUGCCUAUGAACUAUGGAAGAGGCUUUUGCACAAGAACUGUAUGCCAGAUAAUGUCAUAUCGAGCACGCUUAUAUAUUGGCUCUGCAAGGAAGGGAAGAUUUCGGAUGCCAAGAAGCUCUUUGAUGAAUUUGAGAAAGGAUCUAUUCCCAGUGUGUUGACAUACAACACACUUAUUGCCGGAAUGUGUGAGAGGGGCGAGUUGUGCGAGGCAGGGAAGCUAUGGGAUGACAUGGUGGAGAAAGGGCAUGUUCCCAAUGCUUUUACGUAUAACAUGUUAAUCAAAGGGUUCUGUGAGUUGGGUAAUGUGGAUGAAGGCAUAAGAAUUUUCGAGGAGAUGGUGGAGAAAAGUUGCAUGCCGAAUCAAUCCACUUACUAUAUAUUGAUUGAGAGUCUCUAUAAUGUAGGAAGAGUAGAAGAAAUCUCCAGGAUUCUGUCGACCGCCAUUUCUUGUCAAUCACUUGAUAGUGAUUCUUGGGAGUUUUUGGUAACGAAGUGUAUCCGUAAUUUGGACAGGGGGGAUGGGCAUGUUGAGAGAGUGAUGUCAGAGAUUUCUACUUUCUGAUAUCAGUCAAUACGGAUUACCAUCAGGAAUUUGAGUACCAGGAUUCACGUCUCAACUGUCCGACCUCCUUGCUUCCUUAAGCAAUGUACGCUAUAGACAUGCGAAAGUUUCUAGCGCAUAUAACUCUAGAGAAUUUGAACUGAUAAUUGCAGUUUGUCUUGGUGCGGGAGAAAACCACGAUGCUAACGAGAAGAAAAUGUAGGUUUGAUUGCUCAAGCUGUGCUGGCUUCCAGUUACUGCGUUGCAACUGUGACGCAUGGACAGGACCUGGAUUAAGCUUUCUAGGACUUUAUAGACUACCAGCUUGCAGGGUGAUUUCAUUAUAAUUCAGAAAUAAAGGUUCCCACUCGGGGUUCUUGGGCUGCAUAGUUGGAGUGAUUGCCCAGACUUGCCCCGAUGCCUUCCUCUUUGACUGACGGGGUUGUUUGGUUCAGCAUUCCCAAGGGGCUUUUAGCCCCGAAAGCCCCUUGGGAAAAAUUUCAGCCGUUUGGUUCAGCAUUUAGAGCUAUACUUGGGGAAU